GAAAAUUAAAAUGUUCUCUUUAAUUUUUCCUUCUGAUUACUUGGUAUAUAAGCUCGCGAUCGAUCGUUGCAAAUCAUUCAAUUCAUUCUUUCAGUUCUUGUUCUUUCUCUCGUAGAGAAAACGAUUUUUAUAACAUUCAAUAUGUUUAAGGCUCUCCUUAUCGCCUCCCUCGCCGCCGUUGCAUUGGCUCAAUACGGCUAUGCUCCAGCACCUGCAUACGGUCAUCAUGAUGACUACGCUCAACCCAUCCCAUACCAAUAUGGAUACGACAUUGCCGGUGACCACGGUGAAUUCAAACAGACCAGACAAGAGCACGGAGAUGGACACGGCAAUGUUCAAGGAAGCUACAGCUACGUUGAUGCUCAUGGAAUCCAAAGAACCGUUGACUACGUAGCUGAUGGACAUGGUUUCCGUGCCUCAGUCAGGACCAACGAACCAGGAACUGACAACCAGAGCCCCGCUGAUGUUGAACUCCACGCCAGCCCAGUCCCAAACCCUGAACCAGCAUACUCUGCACCCAGAUACGCUGCCGCCCCAGCCCCACACUACGGAGGAUAUGGACACUACGCUCUUCUUAUCGCCUCCCUUGCCGCCGUUGCACUAGCACAAUACGGCUAUGGUCACGCCCCUGCAUACGGUCAUCAUGAUGACUACGCUCAACCCAUCCCAUACCAAUAUGGAUACGACAUUGCUGGUGACCACGGUGAAUUCAAACAGACCAGACAAGAGCAAGGAGAUGGACACGGAAAUGUUCAAGGAAGCUACAGCUACGUUGAUGCCCAUGGAAUCCAAAGACAAGUUGACUACGUAGCUGAUGGACAUGGUUUCCGUGCCUCCGUAAAGACCAAUGAACCAGGAACCGAAAGCCAAAACCCCGCUGAUGUUGAACUCCAUGCCCAACCUGCUCAAGUACACCAACCAGCCUACUCUGCACCAAGAUACGCUGCCGCCCCAGCCCCACACUACGGAGGAUACGGACACUACGCUCUCCUUAUCGCCUCCCUCGCCGCAGUUGCAUUAGCUCAAUACGGCUAUGGUCACGCCCCUGCAUAUGGUCAUCAUGAUGACUACGCUCAACCCAUCCCAUACCAAUAUGGAUACGACAUUGCCGGUGACCACGGUGAAUUCAAACAGACCAGACAAGAGCACGGAGAUGGACACGGCAAUGUUCAAGGAAGCUACAGCUACGUUGAUGCCCAUGGAAUCCAAAGACCCGUUGACUACGUAGCUGAUGGACAUGGUUUCCGUGCCUCCGUCAAGACCAACGAACCAGGAACUGACAACCAAAGCCCCGCUGAUGUUGAACUCCAUGCCCAACCUGCUCAAGUACACCAACCAGCCUACUCUGCACCAAGAUACGGACACUAUUAAAUAGAUAAAUCAUCUAGGAUUUUACAAUUUACAAAAGAAUUCUAUGCUAUUCUAAAAUAGGAUCAUUUAGUGUGGAAUUUCUCACGUGUGAUCAACACUUCUAUUUAUUUCAUGAAGCCUAAUCCUUCGUUUAUAAUCAACUUCAAGAAUUAAUUUUUUAAUUUUGCAUGAAAACAAAAACAGCCUUAUGGCUUAUCACCUUAUUUUGUAAAUAUUUAGUUCAAUAAAUUAAUUUAUUUUCAA